AUGGGAUCAUGGACGACACUGCUGUUGACAUAUCUCCUCGGAGGCAUCACCUUUGUUCCCUUUGUCGUCCUGGUCAUGCUCGCUCACGCCCACUACACCCUCCCGUAUCGACACGACCUGAUGCCUCCCCGUGAUGGCGACCACGACCGACCCCAGAAUGACAUCGUUCAACCCGGCGAUGAUACUGCGGCUCUUGAGGCAGAACAGAAGAAACCACUCGCCGGAGCCGUCAAUACCCGUGCCACUCGCGACCUCGACGUUGCCGCCGGCUACUUCGCCGUCUGCCGCGAGUACACUCCCAUGGGCCUCAAUGCCAAACCCAUCGAACGCUCGACCCCCGUCGGUUCCACAACCGUUGCCUCCCCGAGCCCAAGCGUCUAUCAGACCAUGUACAGAAGUAUAUUCGACCGGAGGCCCGCGACCGGUCCCCUGGAUAGUAACAAUAUCAACAACAGUAUGAGCCAGCGUCCAAAGAAGGCUGGCAACGUCUUUUACGUUGUGCUAAGGCACGGUCACAUCAUGUUGUUUGACGACGAAGAGCAGUUGGAAGUACGCCAUGUCAUCUCGUUGGCAAAUUAUGACAUUAGCAUCUACUCGGGCGGCGACGUCACCCCCGAAGGCGAAUUGUUCAUCAAGCGGAAUGCGCUGUGCCUGUCGAGGAGACAGGUCGGCCAGGAGAAGCCCGACGCGGACGGCCAAGUCCUGAAGCCUUUUUACUUGUUUUCUGAAAACUGCUCCGCAAAGGAAGACUUUUACUUCGCCUUGCUGCGGAACCAGGUGCAGACUUUUGGUUUCGACUCAAACCCCCCCAUCCCCAAAGGUUUCGAGGUUAAAAACAUCAUCUCUUUGGUCCAACGGCUGCACUCCUCCGAGGACCACGUUCACUCCAGGUGGUUGAAUGCAAUGCUCGGGAGAAUCUUCCUUGCCGUCUACAGAACGCGAGACCUGGAAGACUUGAUCCGUGAAAAAAUCACCAAAAAAAUAUCCAGAGUGAAGCGACCUUCAUUUCUAGCCAACAUCACCAUUCAGAAGAUCGAUACCGGCGAGGCGGCGCCCUACUUUACAAAUCUCAAACUCAAGGAUCUGACGGUCGAGGGCGAGUGCGUUGUCGAGGCGGACGUGAGGUACACCGGCAAUUUUCGCCUCGAGGUUGGCGCUACGGCCAAGAUUGACCUUGGCGCAAGGUUCAAGGCCCGCGAGGUCAAUUUGCUGUUGGCCGUUGUACUGAAGCGAAUUGAGGGUCACGUUCUGUUCAAGGUCAAGGCACCGCCCAGCAACCGUGUGUGGAUGUCCUUCCAGACCAUGCCCAAGAUGGAAACGGCCAUCGAGCCAAUUGUCAGCUCAAGACAGAUCACUUAUACCCUGAUUUUGCGCCAGAUUGAGAGCAGGAUAAAGGAAGUCUUCGCCGAGACUCUGGUGCAGCCGUUCUGGGACGACGUACCCUUCCUCAGAACCGAACACAAGGUGUGGAGGGGAGGCAUAUUCCAAGGCGACGAUGCCGUCACGCCAAGCGAGGCUGCCGAGCGUCCGCCCGCGGUUUCCAACGUCGAGCAACCGGAGAGGCCGCAUGACCACGAAGAUCUCGUGCAUCAGACUCGCCCCCCGGAGAAGAGUCACACUCUACCCGCUACGGGCCAGCAACCAACCAACACGGGCUUCUUUGGGAGGAAGCUUGGAAAGGGUGCCAAUGGAAGCGCGACUUCCGUCUUGACCAGUGGCACCGACUCCAAGGCUCCAGUCCCCUCCGGCCACAGCACGCCGCGAUCUCUCAACAUCAUGAAGAAUUCGACGGACCCUGUGGUGGGCACCGAGACCGCCCACGCCGACCUCUUCAAACCUUCCUCGUCGCCUCCCGACCAUGCCACCAACCUGAUGGCCUCUCUGGCCUCUCGAUCUCAGGACGCAUCACCCAUGCCGAUGGCCCCCGAGGCUUCGGUAAAGUCAUCACCCAGAGCCAAGAGGUUGAGCCGUUCGUCCAUGUCCUCCAAAGAGAUUGACAACAGGGAGUCUAAUGGGGAUGCGGACACAACACCGGUGCAGACGGCGCGACCCAAAAAGGCCUCAAUCGAAUCUCUCCCUCACAGUGAAGAGUCUCGCCCCGGCUCACCCAAGCCAUCUGAAACUGGCUCAUUCAAGAGCAAUGCAGAGCCACUCGGUCGAAACUUCUUCGCGAGACGUGACACCUCCAGCACCACUGCAUCAAACGAGUCUUCCUCGGGGGGUAGCCUGAAAAGAAACACGCUAGCCGCGGUCACCAAUGCCGCGGAGCAAGCAAGGCAGUGGGGUUGGAACGCAAUUCGCCGGCAAAAGGACCAGCGCCAGAACGGCGACAAGUCCCAUCAAGUUGAUCUCAGUCAACCCAUGGGGCGAGGUCAACCGCUACCGCCUCCGGGAACACCGCUCCCGGGCCCUACAAAUGGGGCCACGAGGCUUGUCGCCGCGCCGGCACCCAAACGCAAACCUGUUCCCAUGCGUGAACAGCCGCAGGUCGAGUCGGCCGAUUAUGACAAAGAAGCGCCAUCGCCGCAGCCGCCGCUGCUGCCUCAGCGAAGAAGACGAGGCGCGAGCCAGCAGCAAGAGGAGGAUGUGGAGCAAAACAUGCUCGUCGUGGCUGCCCCUGACGAUUCCCAGCCAGGCACACCGUCCUAUGAAGACCAAGUGGACUACGAUGCAGCUCGGGCAGACUCUGCCGCAGCCAAACUCGAAGAGGCAGCAGGGACAAUUGACUUCUCAGUGGCAGACGCAGACGUUGCGUCUGCCUCGACAAAGUCAUCGUCCAGCAGCCUUCAAGGAUGUUCACGGGAGCCUGCUGUUUCAGCUGCGAGAGUGGAAAAGGAAAGCCCUCUGGCCGCAAUACCAGCCGCCGCCGUCGGUCUUGACGACGAAGACCUCUCUGGUUGGCUGGAGGAUACGUUUGAGGACGAUAGCGGAGCUUCUCUAACUACGAUUGACGAAACCAAGUGA